CCUACUUAGGUAGCCAUUCAGAAGAUAAAAAACUCUUACUCCUUCAUCUAUCGAUGUAAAUGAUAUUGCUGGUUGAGCUUUUAUGAUAUACCUGUUGUAAUAGAAUUACAUUCACUUCCUUACGAUUUCAUAAAUAAAACUCAGAGGCUCACAAUGGUGGGCCGGACUAAGGAAGAGCUGGAAUCGUACGCCAUCGUGGAUCCGGCCAUGGCAGCAAUAGCAGCCAGUGAGCCUCUGCGAGACCCAUUGCCCACCGACCCGUACUACGGGGAUUCCUCCUACGCGGCCAUGCGCGCGCACCGGGCCACCACUUUAGCCGAGAAGCACCAUCUCCGCUACAUACCUGGCCCUAUCCCGGACCAGGUCAGCGAGGAAGACCGCAAGAUCCCCGUGCGCGACGGCUCUGAGAUCACGGCGCGCAUUUACCGUCCCGUCCAAAAACCGGCGGGGGGCAGCUCGUUGAUCGUCGCGUACCAUGAGGGCGCAUGGAGCAUGGGUGAUCUCACUGACGAGGAGACGAAUUGUCGGAAUUUUACUCGGGAGCUAGGGGCUGUGUGUGUCAAUGUCGAGUACCGACUAGCACCAGAGCAUCCGUUCCCAACAUGGAUUGAAGAUAGCUGGGAUGCGCUGAAAUGGGUAGCGCAAAACGCAACAUCCCUCGGCGCCGACCCCUCUCUCGGAUUCAUCGUCGGCGGCGCCUCAGCCGGGAGCAACAUCAGCGCCGUUCUCACGCACAUCGCACGUGACGAGAAUCUCAGCCCGCCGCUAACCGGCCAGUACCUCUGCGUCCCAGCCAUCCUCUGCUUCACGCCGCCCGCGCUCGUCUCGCCCAAGUACCGCGCCGAGUACCUCUCGCACCCGGACGUGACGACGAGCCAGGACGCCGUGAUGCGGAUGGCGAACGGCGCGCAGGCGCUGGAGCUCAUCCACAGCGUCCUGCACGCGUCGUGGGCCGACCCGCGAUUCGUGCCGUUCCUGUACGGCGCCGCGAAGGGCGCGCACCGCGACCUGCCGCCCGCGUACUUCCAGGUGUGCGGGGCGGAUCCGUUGAGGGACGAGGGGCUGAUCUACGAGAAGAUAUUGAGGGAGGAGGCGGGCGUGCGCACGAGGCUGGAUCUGUAUAAGGGGUUUUACCACUGCUUUUGGAUGAACUGGCCGCAGAUGGAUAAGAGUCGGGAGUUUGUGGAGGACACGCUGAGCGGGGUGAGGUGGUUGUUGGAGCAGAAGAAGACGUAGGAAGCGAGCGGUAAAGGUGAACGCAUGGAUGUGUUUAAAUCACGAUCUGUAUAAUGAAAUGGUUCACGAUUCAUUACUCUACUUCACCAUUGACCUCCUUGUCACACCCCUUUUCCUGGCCUAGGUGCGACCGAUUCACGCAACCUUGGAAGUUCUAGAAAGUAAAGAUUUGAAUGACCUCC